AUGAACUCCUUCAAGACUGCCGCCAUCUUCUCCUUCCUCGCCGCUUCUCAGGCUCUGGCUCUUCCUGCCUACCAAUGUAACCCUGCUCACCAGUACCCUGAGGGAGUCAAGUGUGUCUCCACCAACGGCGCUCUCUCCCUUGUUACUCCUGCACCAUCCGCAACUUCUGGAUUCGCAUGCAACCCUGCACACCAGUACCCUAACGGAGCUCAGUGUGUUUCGACUAACGGCGCCUUGAGCCUCGUCACCCUCACACCCUCCGCAAAGCAGACUUAUGCCUGCAAUCCCGCUCACCAGUACCCCGAGGGCGUCAAGUGUGUGUCGACCAACGGUGCCUUAAGCCUUGUCACACCCACACCCUCCGCAAAGCAGACUUAUGCCUGCAACCCUGCACACAGCUAUCCUGCUGGCGCCGUGUGCACUGAGGUCGCUGGCGCUCUGACCCUGGUCACUCCUUCUCCAUCUGCAACGAGCUAUGCCUGCAACCCUGCUCACCAGUACCCUGAGGGUGUCAAGUGUGUGUCUACCAACGGUGGAUUGAGUCUGGUUACUCCCACUCCUCAGGCUACUUAUGCUUGCAACCCUGCUCAUCAAUAUCCUGAGGGCGUCAAGUGUGUUUCCACCAACGGAGCUCUUUCCCUCGUCACACCUGCUCCCCAGGCUACCUAUGCUUGCAACCCUGCUCACCAGUACCCUAACGGAGCCAAGUGUGUCUCUACCAACGGUGGUUUGAGCCUCGUUACCCCUACUCCUGCUCCCACUACUUACUAA